UUAUUUUCUAUUUCUAUAGCGUUUUCCUAUUCCUGAUAAUCGAGUUUUAUGGAAUACAAUAUUUCCUGAUUAUACACCAUAUGAAUAUACAACUGAAAAAAUUCAACGUAAUCCACGAGCAGAUCCAGCUGAUCCAUUGAAAAUAGAAAAAUUUAAUCAACUUGAUAAGAAAAUUGAUCGAAGAAGUUUUACUGGACAAUACUAUGUUGAUCCAAAAACAAAUCGACCACGAAAUCCAAAUGGAAGAACAGGAAUGACAGGUCGUGGUCGUCUAUAUUAUUGGGGUCCAAAUCAUGCUGGUGAUCCAGUUGUUACUCGUUGGCUUCGUGAUGAAAAUGGUUCAAUUGUUUAUCGUCGAAACAAUGCUCGUGAUUCUCUAAAACCGGUUCUUGAAUUCGUAGCUAUUCUUAGACAAGAUAGAAAACAAUGGGCUCUACCCGGAGGUAUGGUUGAUCCUGGAGAACAUAUAUCUGAAACAGUAAAACGUGAAUUUCAAGAAGAAGCAUUACGAGAUGGUGUUGAUAAAACUUGUAUAGAUCAAUUAUUUUCUAAUGGAGUUAAACUAUUUGAAUCUUAUGUUGACGAUCCAAGAAAUACAGAUAAUGCAUGGAUAGAAACUGUUGCUGUAAAUUUUCAUGAUGAAACAGGUCAAUUAACUAAACAACUUCAUUUAAAUGCGGGUGAUGAUGCGGAAAAGGUUGUCUGGCGUUCAAUUGAUAGAAACCUUGAAUUAUAUGCAUGUCAUAAAGAUAUUCUAGAAAUCGUUGUAGAUCGAUUUAAUGCAUAUUGGUAA